AUGGAAACGGAACCUGCUAAACGUGAGGUAAAACCUCCCAGGCCAGAACCCAUGAUGGUAUCUAUACCAUUGGAGAAACUUGAUAUCACAUUCGGUACCGUGGGCAACUUAGCUAGCUGGGCUGCACCACCAGUUCAGAGUAAUGUCGAGAGGAAACCUACCUACGCAGAGGUUUCAAAAUCACCACCAGGCUCACCAAAGAAACUGACACAACUGGUUAAUGUUGUAACUCCACCAAAGACUAGUAUACCACCUACUAGACCAGUUACACCUCUGGUACCAGCGACACCGUCAGCCGAUGAAGCAGCACCUCCAAAGGCGUCCGCAACACCAAUUUCGGCUGCCGUCGGCCGUAAACGAGAAAUAGACGCGUAG